AUGACAUACGAAUCGGACAUCGAGUUCACACUCGACACGAUCUGCCCCUGGACGUACUUAGCCAAACGCCGGCUCGGGGCAGCUCUUGAACAGGUCCCGGCGGACUCUCCAGUGAAGUUCACCAUCAAGUACAAGCCAUAUCAGCUGUAUCCGGAUGCAUCGCAAGAGGGCGAAGACAAAUUCGCCUGGUACAAGAAGACGCGCUAUGGCGACAGCGAUGAGAAGAUGAAGAAGUACACGACCCUCAUGUCGGCUUAUGGCACUGGCGUCGGUAUAGACUUCAAAUUUGGUGGGACAGUGGCGAAUACGCUGCAGGCACAUCGUUGCAUACAGCAUUGGCAAGAUUCCAAAGGACCUGAGACCGCUGAUCGCUUUGUCAAUAGCCUCUACAGGCAGUAUUUCGAGGAGGAGAAACAUCCGAGCUCGCAUGAAACCCUCUUGGCUGCAGCGAAAGAAGCUGGCAUUGAUGAAAGCGAGGCGAAGGCGUUCGUCGAGGACGAAAGCGAAGGGUUGAUGGAGACAAAGAUGCUUGUUCGCGAGCAAGCCGGGAAUCAGAUCGAUGCUGUGCCGCACCUCGUGAUCGUUGGCAAGCGCCGCGACACCACCGUGGAAGGGUGCCGGGAGGUGGAUGAAUAUGUGAAGACGCUGAAUCGGGUGGUAAAGGAGUGCUCUUGA